UCUUGGGAAAGCUGAAGAUCCUGAUAUUGGGCUGAAUUCUGUACAGAAUUAUCAGCUUAGUUCCAAUCAGUACUUCACUAUGGAUGUUAAGGAGAGUCAGGAUGGAGAUACAUUUGCAGAUUUAGUACUGCAAAAAACGCUUGACCGAGAAAGUGAACAGACCAUUCACCUGAUCCUUACAGCCUUGGAUGGAGGUGAACCCAGAAAAACUGGGACUGCCCACAUAUGGAUUAAUGUCACCGAUGCCAAUGACAACCCACCCAUUUUCACUCAAGAGGUCUACAAGGUCAAUUUAAGGGAGAAUGCUCUUGUUGGGUCCCUUGUUCUCCAGGUUGUAGCCUCUGACAAAGAUGAAGGUACAAAUGCCCAGAUCAGAUACCAUUUCAGCAACAUACCAGUGAAUUCCCAACAGAAAUUCAAGCUGGAUCCAAAGAAUGGCACAGUCACUCUUAGAGAGUCAUUGGAUUUUGAGGAAAUCAAAGAAUAUGCAAUGACAGUGGCAGCAAAAGAUGGUGGGGGAUUGGUGACACACUGCAAAGUUAAAAUAACUGUUCUAGAUGAAAAUGAUAAUGCCCCAGAGGUGACCUUAGCCUCUUUAUUCAGCCCAGUUCCUGAAGAUUCUGCACCUGGAAUAGUUAUUGCUCUGAUCAAUGUAAAAGACAAAGAUACUGGCGAUAAUGGAAAGGUUAUUUGUUAUUUACAAAAUGAUUUACCCUUUACGAUUCUUUCCUCAUCUAAUAAUUACUACAAGAUUCAGACAGAUAGUCCUCUGGACAGAGAGAAAAUUUCUGAGUAUAAUAUUACAAUCACAGCCACUGACAAAGGAAUUCCCCCACUGACCACACACAAAACCAUCUCAGUACAGGUCUCUGACAUCAAUGACAAUUCCCCUGCUUUUGAAAAAUCUUCCUACAGCAUCUAUGUGCCAGAAAACAAUCCUUCUGGUGCCUCCAUUUUUAGUGUCAAAGCCUCUGAUCCAGAUGUGAACCAAAACUCACGGAUCAAAUACUCCAUCCUCCACAGCAACAUUGAAGAACUUCCCAUCUCUUCAUAUAUCUCCAUUAACUCUGAGACUGGUGCUAUCUAUGCUCAGCGAUCGUUUGACUAUGAACAGUUUAGAGAAUUUCAGCUGCAAGUGAAGGCCCAAGAUGGGGGCUCUCCCCCUCUCAGCAAAAAUGUCACAGUAAGGGUGUUUAUUCUGGAUCGGAAUGAUAACAGCCCUCGGAUCCUGGCCCCUUCACAGGAUUCAGCUUUCUUUGAGAUUGUGCCUCAUUCAGCAGAGGCAGGUUAUCUAGUAACAAAGGUGGUGGCAGUGGAUGCAGAUUCUGGACAUAAUGCCUGGCUCUCCUACCAUCUGAUUCAAGCCACUGAACCAGGGCUCUUCUCUGUUGGUUCUCAUAGUGGGGAGAUCAAGACAGCAAGAUCCUUUGUGGAAAAAGAUGCUGUGAAACAGAAACUAGUCAUUGUGGUGAAGGACAAUGGGCAGCCUCCUCUCUCAGCCACAGUUACUCUGAACCUUGUGUUUGCUGAGAACUUUCAGGAGGCCCUUCCAGAAAUGAAAAACCAAAGCGGGGACUCGGAGUUUCAGUCUGAUCUACAAUUCUACUUAGUGCUGGCCUUAGCUUUGAUCUCAUUCCUGUUCCUAUUGACUAUGAUUCUGGCUAUUAUGAUGAAGCUUCGACGUUCAGGAAAUCCCAAAUUUCUGCAAUGCUUUGCUCCCGUUCCCCAUGUCAGGACUAGUGCCAUAUUUCCACCCAAUUUUGAAGAUGGGACUUUGCCUUAUUCCUACCAGCUUUGUCUCUCCUCGGAAUCAAGGAAGAAUGAGCUUUCCUUCCUGGCACCCAAUAUGCACAUUGCAGACAAUAUUCUUUGUGGUGAUAAAACUGGUGUGCCUUUCAUAGGGAAUGGAGAAAAACUAUUGCAUUCUCAGAAUGAGACUGCUGAUGAGAUAUACGACUAUUCAGUGAGCACAACAAGCAAGAAAAAGAAAGGAAGUAGAAUGGACCACCGGCACAUAGAUGAAAGCAGAUCAUUAAGGCAAGUACCUCUCCUCUUAUUAUUGUCUUUGUUCUGCCUAACUGCCUCAGAGCACAUUCAUUACUCUAUCCCAGAGGAAAUGGAAAAGGGAUCCAUUGUGGGGAAUCUUGCCAAAGAUUUAAGACUGACUGCUGGAGAAAUAGCAAAGCAAAAUCUGCAUAUACUUUCUCUAGGCAAGAAGCAAUAUUUCACUCUCAGUGCAGAAGAUGGGUAUCUAUAUGUGAAUGACAGAAUCGAUAGAGAGGAGAUCUGUGGGGAAACUGCACUCUGCCAAAUCAGUUUUGAAGCUGUUGCAGAAAGCCUAAUGAACAUGCUCCAUAUAACUGUAGAGAUCCACGACAUGAAUGAUAAUGCCCCACAUUUCUUAAAUGGAGACAUCAGUCUGGAGAUCAGUGAAUCCUCUUUGCCAGGAACCAUGUUUCUCCUUGGGCAAGCUGAAGAUCCUGACAUUGGGGUGAAUUCUCUCCAGGGCUACCAGCUUAGUGUAAAUCCGUAUUUCAUACUGGAAGUUAGAGAGAGAGAAGACAGAAGUAAAUAUGCAAAAUUAGUACUGAAUAAACAGUUAGAUCGGGAAAGUGAAAAUAGUUUCCACUUAAUCCUUAUGGCUGUGGAUGGAGGGAAACCUGCCAAAACUGGAACAGCCAAAAUAUGGAUAAAUGUCAUUGAUGCCAAUGAUAACCCACCAGUCUUCACACAAGAAGUAUAUAUAGUUAACCUGAAUGAAAAUGCACCAAAAGGUUCUUCAGUGGUCCAGGUAAAAGCCACAGACAGAGACGAAGGAUCUUAUGGCCAGGUCAACUAUAGUUUUAGCAACAUUGCUGAAAGUGCUCACCAGAAAUUCUCCUUGGAUCCCCAAGAAGGCAUAAUAAAAAUUAAGGAAACUCUGGACUUUGAGGAAACAGAGAAAUAUGUGGUCACUAUAGAAGCAAGAGAUGGAGGAGGAUUAAUGUCUCAUUGUAAUGUUGAAAUAAAGGUGAUAGAUGAGAAUGAUAAUGCCCCAGAGGUGAUGCUUGUCUCCUUCUCCAACCAAAUAUCUGAAGAUUCUGAAUCUGGGACUGUGGUAGCUCUUAUCAGUGUAAAAGAUAGAGAUUCUGGAGAUAAUGGGGAAAUUUCUUGUCAUUUAAACAACAAUUUCCCAUUUAAAAUAUCACCAACUUCUAAUAAUUAUUACAAACUGCUUACAGAUGGGCCCCUGGACAGAGAAAACACUCCAGAGUACAAUAUCACAAUCACAGCCACUGACAAAGGGACUCCCCCUCUUUCCACUCACAAAACCAUCUCAAUACAGAUUUCAGAUGUCAAUGAUAACCCUCCUACCUUUGAGAAAUCCUCCUAUACUGCCUAUGUAACAGAGAACAAUCCUUCGGGUGCCUCCAUUUUCCGUGUCCAAGCCUCAGACCUGGAUCUGGACCGCAAUGCUCGAAUCACUUACUCGAUCCUUCACAGCAACAUUGAGGACCUUCCCAUCUCUUCAUAUAUCUCCAUUAAUUCAGAGACGGGCACUCUGUAUGCCCAGCGAUCCUUUGACUAUGAGCAAUUCAGGGAGUUUCAGCUUCAAGUGAGGGCCCAAGAUGGAGGCUCUGCCCCUCUCAGCAGCAAGGCUGUAGUGGAAGUCUUUAUUCUGGACCAGAAUGACAACAGCCCUCAAAUCCUUUACCCUUCUCAAGGAGCAGAGGGCUCUGCCUUGUUUGAGAUGGUGCCUCGCUCAGCCGAAGAGGGCUAUCUGGUGACCAAGGUGGUGGCAGUGGAUGCUGACUCCGGACACAAUGCCUGGCUCUCUUACCAUCUGCUGCAGGCCACAGAGCCAGGGCUCUUCGCCAUUGGAGCCCAUACAGGGGAGAUCAGGACAUCACGGCCGUUUUCGGAAAGAGAUGCUGCAAAGCAGAGGCUAGUGAUCUUAGUGAAGGAUGGUGGGCAGCCUCCACUAUCUGCAACUGCCAAUCUCAACCUGGUGUUUGCUGAGAACUUUCAGGAGGCACUUCCGGAAAUGAAAAACCAAUCGAGCGACUCAGAGAAUCAAUCUGAUCUACAGUUUUACUUGGUGCUAGCCUUAGCUUUGAUAUCAUUCUUAUUCCUCUUGACUGUCAUUCUGGCUAUUACGAUGAAGCUUCGAAGGUCUGGGAAUCCCAAAUUCCUGCAGUGCUUUGCUCCUGUUCCCCAUUCCAACAAUGCGGUGAUAUUCCCACCAAACUAUGAAGAAGGGACAUUGCCUUAUUCCUACCAGCUCUGCCUAUCUUCUGAGUCCAGGAUACAUGAAAUAGCAUUUCCAACACCCAAUGUUCACACAGCAGAGAACAUUUUUAAUAAAUCUGAUGUACCUCUGAUAGCCAAUGGUGGAAAUAUAAUUAAUUCUGAGAUGGAGAAUUCUGACAAGCAUUGUGUCAGUGACUUUAGCUCUGAUUUCCACAUCAAAAUGGGCAAAGGAGCAAAUAAUGAGACAAAACUUUAA